UGUUGAGUUAAUGUUUGAUGUGCUAACACAGAUGAUAGAGAGUAAAUAGCAUUCGUUCAAGUCUUCCUACCAAAGCAGCUCCCCGGCGUGCAGAUCUCCACUAUAAGAUCAUCUGCUGCUGUGAAGUCUUUCUAGUACCUGUUUGUCCUUGGCCUCCUCCUCCUCCUCCUCUUCCUCCUCCUCCGUGCACAGGACCAGUGUGUGCCUGUCUCUGCUUCCUGGGCCUGCUGGACUGCCAGGCGUUUUAGGAGAGUUUUCUAACUCCGGUCUGUUCCUUAUUCGUUCUAAGAUCAUCAUGGAUGGCUUUUUGAACGUACUGAAGUGGUUGUGGUACCACAGAAACUUCCUCAUCAUCGUCAUCACUCCGCUCGCCUUUCUUCCUCUGCCACUGGUCGUUCCCACCUCGGAAGCAAAAUGCGGCUAUGCGAUCAUCCUGAUGGCUUUGUAUUGGUGCACAGAAUGCAUGCCACUGGCUGUGACUGCUCUUCUCCCUGUCGUCCUGUUUCCCAUGAUGGGCAUCAUGAAAGCUGGAGAUGUCAGUAUUGAGUAUCUGAAAGACUCAAACAUGCUGUUCAUCGGUGGCCUCUUGGUGGCCAUCGCAGUGGAGCACUGGAACCUUCAUAAACGCAUCGCUCUCCGAGUUCUUCUCCUGGUCGGCGUUCGUCCAUCUCUGUUGAUGAUGGGCUUCAUGAUUGUGUCGGCCUUCCUGUCCAUGUGGAUCAGCAACACGGCCACCACGGCCAUGAUGCUGCCCAUCGCUCACGCCGUGUUGCAGCAGCUGCAGGCCACGGAGGCCCGGGCGGAUGAGCGAGACUUCCAGGCAGAAGAUAACCUUGGCUUUGAGUUGGAGAGCACGCAAACCAAGGAGGAAAUCACGGGUGAAAAAAGGCCAGACACCAAGCUGCAGCAGGAGAACGGCGGCUUCCAGCCUGAGGUUACGCUAGAGUCCGCGCAGGAGCUCAGGAGAAGAGCCAUGGAGGCAAAGUACGACCUCUUGACAAAAGGGAUGAGUCUGAGUGUAUGUUACUCUGCGAGCAUCGGAGGCACCGCUACCCUCACAGGCACCACCCCUAACCUCAUCCUCAAGGGACAAAUGGACAAGCUCUUCCCUGGAAAUGGAGACGUGAUCAACUUUGCCAGCUGGUUUGGCUUUGCUUUUCCCAACAUGGUGCUCAUGCUCGCAAUCUCCUGGCUCUGGCUUCAGUUCAUGUUCCUCGGCUUCAACCUGAAGAAGUCUUUUGGUUGCGGCGUGAAAAGCGACAGAGAUAAAGAGGCGUAUGCCGUGAUGAAAGAGGAGUACAAGAAGCUUGGAGGCAUGAAGUUUGCUGAGGGAGCAGUGCUCACCAUCUUCGUUCUGCUGGUGCUCCUCUGGUUCACAAGGGAGCCGGGCUUCAUACCUGGCUGGGCCACAGUGCUCUUCAACAAGGAAGACUCGUUUGUGUCAGAUGGAACCGUGGCCAUCUUAAUGUCGAUGCUCUUCUUCGUCAUCCCGUCUCGGCUGCCCACAUGUGGCAGCUACGGUUUCACAGAGGCAGGUAAGAGGAUUAAGGCACCUCCAACUCUGCUGAACUGGCAGGUGGUCCACGAGCGAAUGCCCUGGAACAUCAUCCUGCUGCUGGGAGGAGGCUUCGCUUUAGCUGCCGGCAGCGAGGUUUCAGGUUUGUCCAAAUGGCUGGGCGAUAGUCUGGCACCCUUGCAGAAAAUCCCCCCCUUCGCCAUCUCCAUUCUGCUCAGUCUGCUGGUGGCGACGUUCACUGAAUGCUCCAGCAACACGGCCACCACCACCCUGUUCCUGCCCAUACUUGGCUCAAUGGCCACAGCCAUCCAGAUACACCCGCUUUACAUAAUGCUGCCUUGCACCAUCGCUGCCUCCCUGGCUUUCAUGCUGCCUGUGGCCACGCCGCCCAACGCCAUCGCCUUCUCCUUUGGAAACCUCAAGGUCAUCGACAUGGUGAGAGCUGGAUUCAUGCUGAACAUCAUCGGGAUCCUCUGCAUUAAUUUAGGCAUCAACACCUGGGGAUAUGCCAUGUUCAACAUGGGCAAAUUUCCUGAGUGGGCCAACACCACACAAAGUAAACCCUGAGCCACAACAGGAGGUGGAAGCGCCGCCUUUAAUGCCUUGGAAAGUAUUUCCACAUCUGUUUUAACAGGACACCGCGAGGUGAGGUCUGAUCAGAGUCCAAUGACAUGAAUACGACCACUUAUCUUAUGUUGGUAAAUUCUGAUAUAUAAGAGACAUUAUUUAAUAUCCUCCUGAGUGCCGUCCACUGACCAGUAAGAAAAGCUUUCAAAAAGAGACAAUGAAUGCAAAAAUAUGUGGUGCAAAUUUUAGAAACUAAUUUUUUUUUAAAUUGUUAAAUAGUCUACAAGGUCUGUAUCCCCCUAAAUGGCAAAAAAGAGAGAAGAAAAUAUAUAUUUUUUGGAUUUCUAUACUGUAUUUAGAGUUGUAGAAAAGAGACAACAGUAGAAUUAUAGAAUUAUUAUACAGUGUUGAUAUUAUUAUUAGGAUUUUGAUACAUUUUAGUCAGUAACACAUAUGCUGGAUGAGGUAUCACAAACAAACUUUAAUCUUUGUAAUUUUACCAUAAUGUCCUCGAUACCCUACGUGGGUUUACUUCCUGAUGUGAAGUUCAGCACAGGAGAAAAACAAUGAAGGUCAUUUCCUUUUACAAAUGUCCCUGAAAGUGUCAUCACCUCAUUAUUAAUCUCAUUUACAGAUGUUGCACAUGACUUUCAGUGAUUAUUUACAAUGCUAUUACUCCAAAGGAUCCUAAUCUUACAUUGGAAAUGUAAAUGAAAUGAAUGUAAAUGAACUUCAUCUGUUAAUUUAAUUUAUUGUAAGUUUAAUUAAUGAUCACUUGGUUGUGUUGUUUAUUUGUGUUUUUUUUUUUCAUACAGUUUUUAUCACUAGCACACUUUGAAUUGUUGUAUGUUAUUGUAAUUUGUAAAUACCGGAGUGCAGAACUAUUUGAUUGUUUACAUGCUGUACUCGUUUCGUUUGAUCAAAUUUUUUUAAAGUGCACUUUUUCUCUUCUGGGCAAAUGGAAAAAACAUUUAAACACAAAUUGUCAGGAUAAAGUUAUUUUGUCCUUACAUAAUUAUGCAUAAACACUUGUUUUAGUUGGGCCAACUUGCAGAAAUUCUCUCUGCCAGCCAGCAAAGGUUUAUCGCAUGAUUCUUGUUGAGAUAGCUGACUUCUGAUCCAUAUGUUUAUGCCUUUAAACGGGAUCACAAAAGCAUUUUUUUGGCACUAUCUUCAGGUGUUUGUAUUUUAAUUUUCUUUCAUGUAUGUAGUUUGGACAAUUCUUUGCUGUUAUGCUUGUUCUGUCUUCUUCUUCUUCUUCUUCUCUUAUGAUUACUAUCUUUAGGUGUUUGUACUUCUGGGUUUUUCCUGUUUAUUUUUUCUAGUUGCUGUUAUUUUAGUUCAUACAUUUGUGGAUUUAGGUUCUUGGUUCUUUCUGUGUAUAUUUUCUACUAUUUCCGUUUUUCUUCCCCAUGUCUCUCUCUGCUCAGUAUUUUCCCUCCCCUCUGUUUCUCUGCCUUCAUUGAUCUCAGCUGUUCCUCAUUUCAUGAUUACUCUCACCUGUGUUGUCGUGUUUUUCUUAUCUUCUUAUGCUGUAUA